AUGUUCAAUCCAGCUGAGGGACCGCUCGGAGGGAGUCCCACUCCAAGAGCAGCUUCAGCAAUCCCCUCGACACCAUUAAGUACUCCAACUAUCCGCCGAGUCGACGGCGAUAUCCUGUCUCGAAUUCGAUCUCUACUCCUAGCUCGCAACGGGCCCGAGAUACCAAGAACUCCUUUCCCCUCGGAUGAAACACCAGAUCGUAGCUCAGAGGACUCGACCCUGAAUCUCGUGGUCACUAGGAAGCUUGCUAUUGCCGCUCGAAGAGAAAAGAGGUUGAGUCUCCCAGAUUCGCAGAGAGCUUCCACAACCAGUGCUAGCCCUAGUAUGGACAUAUUUGGCACGCAGAAAAAUCAAGACCCGGAACCACCAGUUCUUGGAUUUCCGUUCUCGUCCCUCCGAUCUUCGGGUUCGGCAAAUGACGUUCGAGAAGCUUUCAACCAAGACGUAACAGUCGAUGUCUCGAAUCUCACAGAUGGACCUUCUUCGUUACCAGGCCAGAAAAAGCCACGACUGAAAUUGGUUCUAGCAGAUAAAGCCAAAAAUAAAGAUCCAGAGCUGGUAUCAUGUGUUGAAAUCAGCUCCAACAUACCCGAGAAUGAUGCAGAAAUUCACGAGGAGGAGUUGACGUGCUGCCCACCAUGUUCUCCUCCAGAAUCAUUGCCUUCGAAAUAUAUAAUCAGUGAUGGCGAGUGGCCAAAGACGAUUGAAGCUGAGAGAUCCGAUCUUGCUUGUUUCCUUGCCGGGUGUCCUCCAGGCGAGACCAAUUGCGCAAGACAUCCAAGUCCGCGUCGUGCACAAUCAACAUCACUUUUGGAUCACCGAAGCAGACCUCAAGAUCUGGUAGCGAUUGGUAAGGACCCGACGUCUGACCUCGAUCGCAUUAUUGCCGAAAAUAGCAAUAGAAGAAGCAAGAAAUCCAGGACAGACGAUAACUUUUCGGCGCCGAAAAGUAAGUCCGGGGGCAGCGGUACUUCUAGCGAUGCGUUUCCACAUGUUACCCAGUCCCAGAGACUCGCGGCGAGGAAGUCAAGUCAGCCAACCUUCUCGACAACCAUCUUCACAAAUUUCAAUCUCCCGGGUCCAAAGAACAAAAGACCAUCAAAAUUUAGAGAGGAGCGCAAAUCCGCACAAAUUCCCCCGCAAGAGCUUACAGGAGAACUUGCUGAUAUCAAGCCUCUGGAAAUGAAAACUCUUCCUGACGUGAAACCGUACAAGAAAGAACCGAAGACGGACGACCGACCUAUUUUCCCUCGAAAGCGAUCGGAAGUUUCAAUCAAGCCAAAAAAUUACACAGAAUCCCUAUUUUCUGUUACUUCUAAAGCGUCCAGCAAGCGUCACGCUUUACUUAAACCAUCAGCGUCGGAAGUUGGGCCAGCUGAUUUAGGAGCUCCGACCCCACCAGUAUUGUCGACAAUACCUAGCAUUGGAGACCAACUAGACACUUUUAUACCGGAUCCAGAGCCGGAGCCAGAAGCAGACCAACUUGCUAAUACCGACAUUCCAGGGACAACAGCGAUCGACCCUGACCGGGAGCUAAGUGCAAAAAUCGAUAAAACACUUCGGGAGGUAGGCCCAGGUGCGGUUGCGGGCCACUUGACCAAUCUACAGAAGACCAUCGAAUUAGUCGACAACGUGAGUCAGAGAGUUCAAGAUGCUAAGCAAAAUGUCCAAAACGGAGGUGCAAACGUAGGCAAGCGAGAUAUAAAUUCUCCACCAUCUGAAGCCAACCCGGUGGAUGCAGCUUACUGGGGUUUCAGUCCGGCAGUGAAGGGAGCUGUCGAGGAUGCAGUCCAGGUCGCAGUGCGCAACGCAGUUCAGGAGGCCAAGGUUCCACAUGGGAUGCCAAAAAAUCAGGCAGCAGAGGUUUACCGCUUGCUUAUGGCGGAUUCGCUCUCCCACGCUGCGAAAAACGCUGAUGAUUAUCUGAAGCGGCCCUCUCUUUGGAACAGCCCAGAUUCAUCUCAAGCUGCCCAACAAACAUUGACGCCGAUAGCGAGCACGAACAAGAUCGAUAUAAUUCAAAGACCAAAGAAUGCUUUCCAACCAGGAAAUGAUUUGGAAACUAUACCACUCGACCUCAACUCAAUAGUGUCACCAGAGAACCAAAAGCUAGGUCAACCAAACCCCCGAAAGUCAUUCCAGAUCCUGGGAUCCGGUAAUCCACCACGUAUAAAUCCAGACGCAACGCUUGGGGGUCGCAAGCAUUCAUUUGACCUUCUUGUCCCACAAGAAAGACUCAAUCUCCAAUCUGUAGCAUCAUCGGAAUCUCCACGUGCCAGGUAUCCUCUAGCAGAGUCGGCCAUCAGUGCCCUCCCUUCUCGGAAGGCUUUAGACCCACUUGAUGAUAGAAGUACCGUCUCAAACAUACCUCCCGGAAGACAGCUUGCGCGGAAGAAUACGGUUCAUUGGCUUCGAGAAUUACUCUCCAGCAAAGGCCCCUAUGAGCCGCGCUUGACUGCUCUGCCGCCGAGAACAAGAAGAGCUAAUAACAAUUCAUCCAGUCGUGCGAGAUCGCAAACAGUCCCAUCAGGAAAUGCGCACACAGCCAACUUAGAACGAGGGCAAGAUUUUGAGGCUGAAACAACGAUUGUUCCUGAGAAUUUCACGAGGACAAUUGAUGACCUCGAGCAGCUGCUCAACGAAGCGCUCAUCAUCGCUCAACUAGCUGCACAAAAAGAUGACGCCAAGGGAAUGCCAAAGAUUUUGGAGCACGCAGCGAAGAUCCUGAAGAAUGGCCGUAAGGGUCUUUCCGAAGGUUACCAGCCACGAAGGAAUAACGUACGCUCAAGACGUACCGACACAUACUCUGGCGAGGACUCCGAGCUUGGAAGCAUGCACGAGAGUUUGAGAAGCUAUUCUGUUGUGACAGAUUCGGAUAUAGAAAGUGAUGUCGACCGAUAUGCAGAUCGUGCACCGAUUCUAUACCACGACCAGCAUGGCAGAAGCAUUGAGAUACCACCUAAGAAACCUACACGCAAACAGACCGGAAGGGCGACACCUUACAGGCCUUACAAGGAGAGGAACUCGCUCUCACGGGAUUCAGUGAAUGCAGAUGUUCCGCUGAUGGCCAGUGACGAGAACUUCCAGAAGUUCAAACCCACUGAACCAAAGGCAUCAGCAAAACAAUCUAAUUUUCGCCGCUCCGAUACGAAAUCUGUAGUAACUAAUGAUGAUCUGGAUCCUCCGGAAGCCCUUGGGUUGCUGAUUGGUUCUGGGCCAGCGCCCGAGUUUUAUAAUCCUGAGCCGUUCAGAUCACCCACGAGUACCGGAACGGCCCGGAGAUUUGAGCCUGAGCGGUCUCCAAGACGUCUCAGCCCUACAAAGCAGCAGGUGCCUACGAUAGUCACGGACGAUCAAUGCCCAAUUCCUUUGCCUCAUAGCAGAAACCUCUCGGGGCCAUGCCCUAGUCAAGGGCACUCGGAUGAUGACCACGAGGCUGUCAGGUCAAGACUUGCGGCGAACGAGGUUCCUAACAAGCGAGAGGUACGUGAACAUAUUGAAACCUUCCGUAACCCACCGAUACAUCCCAGGGAAAGCUCCUUAGCUCUCAAUAAAAAAGCUGAACAAGCACAGAACGAGGCCGAGGGCUAUCAGUUGAGACCGGGUCAAACGUACGAUUGGCAGGAUGUCGAUCAAGCGUUCGUUCAACCGUGCAAAUUGAAGGACAAGAGGACGUCAACUCUGGAACGAUCCGUGCCGUGUACAUCCAGUAUGGACGGCUCUGAAGAUUCAAGUGGACAGGUAGAUUUCUCUGUUGGCUAUGUCGCCCGUGGUGCCUCUGCAAAGGCGAAGAUAGGUUCGCGCCAAUUACAGCAGAAUCAAUAUGUCCACCAGGCAGCCGGAGGCUCAUAUGACAACCGGGGCUAUUCCAGAGCACCAUACGACAACCGACAGGACGAUUCGAGACAGACAGAUGAAUAUCGUGAGUACCCGUCUAGAGAUUUAAAUGACAAUGGAGGCUAUCAGACUGGGGGUGGUGGCGCUGGAGGAGGAGGUGGGAACGGAGGUGGAAAUAGAGGCGGUGGGUAUCCUCCAAACUCUGAUGACAAUGGAGGCGAUCCGGGCGAGGAAAGGCCACAAGCUGGGUACGAGUUGAGGGACGAGCCAGAUCGAAAUCUCCCGCAAACUCAGAAAGCUCGACGGCGUAAGCAUGGCAAUUCCACCGAGUUCGUACUCAAAGGUAAGAACCAUCUAAGUCUGCGAUCCAAUCAACACAAAGGAUUCAGCUUUGCGAAGUCCCACAAGAAGCCUAAGAUUGCUAGAGACUGGCAACUCACUCGAAAAAGAUUCUGCGCUACUGUAGCUUGUAUCAGUACAGCGUUGGUCGGAAUUCUUGUUGGAAUAUAUGCCGGAGAGGUCCCUGCAAUUCAGUACUACAUUGUCGAUUUCCAUCACUAUACCGUACUGGGGAAUGUCUUCUUCUACCUCGGCCUAGCUAUACCAACCUUCUUCUGCUGGCCGCUACCCUUGCUUCAUGGUAGGAAACCAUAUAUUCUCGGUUCCAUGGCUCUGGCGAUGCCUCUGCUGUUUCCACAAGCUGUUGCAGUGGGCUCUAUCCGGUCGCCCUAUGUCAGAUAUUGGAGAAUCGGGUUGAUAGCUCCUCGAGCUCUAAUGGGCUUUUGCCUGGGUUUCGCAAACAUAAACUUCAAAUCAACUCUCACGGAUCUCUUCGGCGCCUCUCUACAAUCUGAAAACCCGCAUCAAGAAAUCGUCGAUGAGAACGACGUGCGACGCCAUGGCGGUGGCUUAGGAGUAUGGCUAGGUUUGUGGACGUGGUCCGCGAUGGGGUCGAUCGGACUCGGUUUUAUGAUCGGUGCUGUAAUCAUCAAUCACAUGCCACCGGCCUGGGGGUUCUAUGUGAGCAUCUUCAUCAUUGCCUGCGUAUUGUUUCUUAAUAUCAUCACACCCGAAGUCAGACGUUCUGCAUUCAGAAGAUCUGUUGCCGAAGUCAAGAAUGGCGAAAAGGUCUCUCGCCGGCUAGCGCGAGGUGAGGUCAAAAUGCACAUGGUUCAAACAGGACCCAAAUGGUGGGGUGAAGAGUUUCAUUACGGGAUAAUUCUCUCCAUGCGCAUGAUGACUCAGCCUGGUUUUCUCAUUAUGGCUGUAUAUGUGGGUUGGAUGUAUGCACAAAUUGUGCUAAUCAUUAUCCUCUUGGGUUCUCUGAUGUCCAACAAGUACAAGUUCAUAUCUCCCCUUGUUGGUCUGAGUGUGAUGGUCGUACCAGUAGGGGCCAUGCUUGCUAUCCCCUUUCAGAAAGCCUCGAUUUUCAGUCGAUCACGGUCUAAAGAUGACACUGCCGACGACGAUACGUAUAAGAAGCAGAAGCUGUCAUGGUCUGAUCAUAUGGUUCGGCGUGCAAUCUUUGUCUUGACUCUGCCAUUCGCUGGUCUUGCAUACACCCUCUCAUCAACAGGUCCCCCCGUAUAUUUUCUUGUGCCUAUUUUGUUCGCUGGAUUGAUAGGAUUUCUUUCGAACCUGGCCAUGGCAGAAUGUCAUGGAAUUCUUAUGGAAACAUUCGAUACCUCGGAUCUCUCUCCUGGGAUGGCUGGUCGUGCUCGAGGAUCCGCCGGAGACAAAGCGAAAGGAAAAAGAACCAAUUACUCGUCAUUCCCUCGCGUGCAAUCUGCAUUUGCGAUCACGCAAGCUAUUGGUUACAUUUUCUCAGCGAUCUCCAUUGGGAUUGGAGGUUCCGUAACAAGACAGCUUGGACAACAAGCAGCAACCGGGGUAUUUGCCGGAAUUCUCUUGAUACUUUCAAUCUUGCUUUUGCUUGUUUUGGUACGCAUCAAAGAUGUACAAAUCAUCCCCGAUGCGAAAAAAGAUGACAUGUCGAGAUGGAAGAACGCUCGAAAGACCUCUGCCUUCAUGCGUGCCCAGGGGGCUGAGGUGGAGGAACCAUGGCGACCAAUCAUCAUUGGAAACCCGACACAUCAUACAAGAAGAGUGAACAUUUUGGAAAUGGGAAGCCUGACCCGAUGGGAAGAAAUCCGUAGGAAGAAUCGAUUGGUGGACGCAAAUAGUCUCGAGGCUAUGCAUCCAAAUCUCGUAGUGAUUGAGGAUGUUGAGGAAAGAUUCUUUGGCAAAAAACCACCGCCGCCACCACGUCAGAUGAGCCAACAACCACCACCACUACAGGCUCAGGACGACCCAAGACCAAGUCGGGGAUACCAAAGGGGUCCCAGUGACAAUCAAGGUUAUGUUUUGAACCCCGACAACGAUCGCUACGCCCACCCAGAUAUUCAGCGGAGCUACUCCAGAAAUCCAGAGGAUCAGUUAAUGUUUACGGGCAAUGAUCUAGGAGACCGACGUGAUAGCCGCCGACUGCCCAUUGAGCCUCCGGCGGGAAACGACGUGGCGCGGAGAAGGGCGACGAGAAGAGAGUAA